AUUCUUACUUUAAUUCACAUAAAAACACAUAAUGGUCCUCCAGAAAUCAUCAUCAUCAACAUCAUCUAUGGUGUUUAAAGUAACGAGAAAGCCAGCGGAGUUAGUAGCACCUGCUGGACCCACUCCCCAUGAGCUUAAGCUUCUCUCCGACAUUGAUGACCAACAAGGUCUCCGCUUCCACUAUUCAGGGGUUCAUAUCUUUGCUUACAACCCUUCAAUGGCAGGGAAAGACCCUGUCCGUGUCAUUAGAGAAGCAUUGUCAAAAGCACUUGUGUUUUAUUAUCCAUUAGCUGGGAGACUUAGGGAAGGUCCUAGGGGAAAACUUAUGGUGGAUUGCAGUGGCGAAGGUGUAUUGUUGAUGGAAGCUGAUGCAGAUGUUACAGUUGACCAUUUUGGUGUUGAUCCUCUUCCUCCAUUCCCUUGCUUUGAUGAGCUCCUCUUCGAUGUUCGAUCUUCUCAUGAUGGAAUUAUUAACUCUCCACUCCUGCUUUUACAGGUUAAAUUAUUUACACACACCAUGAUCGUGACACGGUUCAAAUGCGGCGGUUUCAUCUUUGCUAUGCGUGUGAACCACACAAUGUGUGAUGCAAUUGGAUAUGUUCAAUUCAUAAAGGGCAUAGCAGAAAUAGCCCAAGGUGCAUCAAAGCCUUCAAUUCUCCCAGUUUGGUGUAGGGAGCUUCUUUGUGCCAGAGAUCCACCAAGAGUUACAUUCAUCCACCAUGAAUACAACCAACGACCGCUUGAAAAUGACAGCGAAAAUGUCUCUUUGAAACCCUGCCAUGCUUCCUUCUUCUUUGGCUCCAAAGAGAUUGAUGCAUUGCGCUGCCUCUUCCCUCCUCACAUUGCUCAAUCUUCCACCACCUUCGAUGUCCUCACUGCAUGCCUCUGGCGUUGUCAUACGGCUGCACUCCAAUGGAAAAACCCUAAUCAAGAGGCUUAA